CUCUUUUUGGUCUUGGACGGCACGAUCGACCGCAACCAUGGCACAUAUAAACGGCCUCUUUCGAAAGAAUAAAUGAGACGACGGAAUAGAAGCACCUGUGAUAUCGUAACUCAUGGUAUAUACUGACUGAUUGAGUAAUUGGAUACCGUACCACAAUAAGUUAGAUAGAUAUCAAGAUAGAUAGCAGGUGAUCAGGCGUUCAAGGUUCUCGCAAGCUCUAACACUAGCUAGCUAGAUCUCGACCUGCACUUGCCUACCGUCCAGCUGGAACGAGGCGAAGAUUCAUCAGCUAUCAGUUGAUCUUCCUUAAGAUUAUUGAUUAUCCGUGGCAUUUGAAAGAGUUCAUCUACCAUGAUGUCCUCCUCCUGGUUCCAUCGAUUUGAUCCCACAUCGACCAUUUUCGAUCCUGCCAAUUCCAUUUACGAUCCCCACAAUGAUCUAUACGAAAUAUUGGAAGCGGAUCCGACAUGUUCCAAUGCCGAGUUGCGGAAAAAGUACCUACGAAAGAGUCGUUCCUACCAUCCCGACAAGAACAAUUCCACAGAGUCCACGGCACGCAUGCAAUAUCUCAACAAUGUAUGGGAAAUGCUACGACAUCAUCGAGCCGUCUACGAUCGCAAUCGCAUUGCGCAUCAACAACGUCGUCAUUCUCAUCCUCGACGCGCCUUUUCCACCCGCCGUGCCAGUUCGCGCGAUAUUGCCGAACUAUUGCGACAAAUGGAAGAAGAAUCGCGACAACGGACCCAAGAAUGGGAACGGGAAAUGACACAGUGGGAACAACAGAAUAACGAACGAUCGGCACAAAUACAGGAAAUGUUUGAUCGAUUCGAACGAGAACGACGCAUGCGAUUGCAAGAACGACAAGUGCGAGAAGCAGAACGGCAAACCCGAGAACACGAACGACAGUUGCGGCAACAGGAACGAGCCGCACGAAGGUUUUCUUCAACGGAACGACAAGAACGAUGA